AAAUUUUCAAGCACUAACAGACAGUAAAAACUAGCAUUCCCAACAGAGAUUAUGACAGAUUGGAUGAAAAUUUGCGCGUUACUAUUGGCCCUCGUUGGCAUCUCUAUUUCAAAAGAAUCACCAGAUGGUGUUUGUGUAAGGAAGUUGAUCAAAGGCAAACUUGUGUCUGUGGGAUCGUGUGAGAAUAACAACGGCCAGGGUGUUAUUGAUGAAGUUCGAGCAAGGCUAGAAGCAACCAAAAGGAGAGAGAGAGAAAGGCUAGAAGAUAGCAAGAGGCCGGUGAGAGAAAACUGUGGCGUACUGUACAACUCGAAAUGCUUCAUUUACAUACCUUCUGUAACGAAAUAUGACGCUGCGAAGGCACUUUGUACCAACAUUGGUGGUCAGUUGGCUAAUAUAUACAAUCAAAUCCACUACAAAUUGAUCGAAGAUUACCUGCGAACCAAAACUACUUAUGUGCUUUACGCAUGGACUGGAUUGAUUUACCGGAACGAAAAACUUUACCUGAGUACUGGACAAGAGGUCACAUUUCCGUUAGAGUAUUGGUACGGCAAAACUAAGAAUCAAGGGAGUGAUCCCAACGUGACAAGAACACAUCUUUACGUCAGUGAAGAUCCAAACAGCAGCACACGUGGAAUUAAUGUUCCUCCACCUACGGCGCAGGCAUACGGCCCGUUAUGUGAAACGUAAUAUUCAAGACAUCAAAAGAAAGAUAAAUGGUUAUGUGUUGGACAGCGUACAUUGUGACGUUAUGUACAAAUCAAAAUGCUUCAAAUAUCUACCAGCUCCUUCCCAUGCUCGUUUCAAGUACGACGCUGCCAGGGGUCUAUGUACUGGAAUCAAUGGGAAGUUUGCCAAUAUAUAUGAC